AGCUGAGAUAAGACAGUCCAGCACUCAGAGCAGAGGACAUCACCCUUUCUCCCAGGAACCUAUAGUCAGUGGAUGGCUCUCUGGCUGCCCUACACACAGCCAGGAGACCUGAAAGGAGAUUUACAAUGGGUGACUGCUGGCUGAAUGGGUCCUGGCUCUUUGUGGCUCUGGUUAUUAUAAGAGCAGUCAGUGGAAGCCCUGGAGAAGGCAGGAAAGUGUGGGAUAGAAUCCGUCUUCAGAACCCACUGAAUGAGAGCCAGCUCUUUGCUCAUGGUGAAUUCCCCCCAGAUUUCCUUUGGGGGGUCGGUAGCUCAUCCUUGCAGGCUGAAGAAGACCACUCCACCAGGGGACCCUCUAUAUGGGACCAGUAUAUGAGAUCCCACCAGAACAGCACUCAUCACCUUCAUCGUGAUGUUCUUGAAGACCCCUCUACCAGCUUCCUGCAGAAGGAGCUGUCAGGGCUGGAGUUCCUUGGGGUGAAUUUUUACCAUUUCUCCAUUUCCUGGCCAAGGCUUUUCCCCCAUGGCAAUGAAGUUGUCAGUGAGCAGGGAGUCCUGUAUUACAACUCUGUGAUAGACUUGCUGCUCAGCAGACACCUGCAGCCAGUGAUCACCUUGUACCACUGGGACCUACCUCUGCCCAUCCAGGAGAUGUACGGGGGCUGGGCAAAUCAAAGCGUCUCCCAUCUCUUCAAUGACUAUGCCAGCUUCUGCUUCAAGACAUUUGGGGACCGGGUAAAGUACUGGAUCACCAUGCACAACCCUUAUCUAAUAGCAUGGCAUGGCUAUGGCACAGGGGUGCACGCCCCAUGGCAGAGAGGAGACGAAGCACUGGUAUCUGCAGUGGCACACAAUCUGAUCAAGGUAAUGCAAAGCUGGCAUGAGCCACUCAUGCUGAUACUACCAUGCAUUAAAUGCAGGUUAGAGAUUGCAUGACCCAAAAAUGAGACCACUUGGUGCCCAAUUCAGAACUUUUCAUUCAUUUAGGUUUUGGCCAUGCAGAGCAUGUUUGACAUAUUUACACCACCCUAGAUGAGCGGAAUUACAUAACAAGGGGUAUUUUCUGCAGUAGAAUGAAUACACACCGUGUAAUAUGUUACAUAUUUCUAUUGCUUUAUUGGACAUGUUAGGAAUUCCUGCAUGUUUUCACAAUAUGUACUCUGACACUAUGCACAUUCAUUGUGUAUCGAUACAAAUAGAACUGUGCCGUUUGUAAGGUGUAGGUCAGAGAGAUCUGGAGUGAAAAAUAAUAUAUCUUAUUAUAAUAUACAUUGUUGGCUAGAUAUAAUGUUGCAUGUUUUGUUAAAUAACAUUAUCAGAUAGCAGUUCGUUAUUUUUUUUCAUUGUAAUUUCUUUCUGUAAGUUUAGGACGCACACCUUUCCAUUCUAUUCACACAAUAACAAUAAUUGGUAUAUAGGUUGAAUUAUACUCCCCCCUCCACACACACACACACACCCCCCUCCAGUCUAGUAUCACUCUGAACAGAGCCAGCAUUAGUCAAUAACUGUAUCUGCAGCUGUGGGUGAAAGCUCUAUCCUUGACAUUUGCCUCCUGUGUUACUAUGUUAUAUAUUACACACUCACUGCCUGUUUGUUUUUCACCUUACUGGGCUAAACAAGGGAGGUGGGGCACUUUAUAUAACCCCAAACCUCAAGAAAAGGCAGACCUAUACAGGGAGUUGGGAUAUUGCUAUGAUUUUAUAGUUUGACUUAUAUGAUGGGGUAUUGGAAUUAUUUCGCAAUUCGCAUCUAAUCAAUGUAUUGGUCAAUUACAUGAUAUGCUCAGGAUUAUAGAAUGAAUAUCAAACUCUUUCCUCUACAUAUUUCACAGACAGAUCUCCUCCUGAUAAAACAUACCGACAGACAGAUAUAGAUGAUCAGACAGAAAGACAGAUCAUCUGUAGAUUAGAUAAACUAUAUAGCAUAUUGAUAUCUCAAUUGGAUUGUAUUGAAGACAGGCAGACAGACAGACAGACACACAGACAGACAGAUAGUGUUGGUUGAAUCCAGCCCAGUUAGUUUUUCUCUCUAGAAGUGGUUAGUAAAGUACCAGUCCCACUCCGUCUCACUGAGCCAACCUUCAUGACCCCUUCUGAUGUGAACGCACAUGUUCCUUUCAGCUGCAGUGAAUGUCACUGUCUGAUAAAUGAACUUUUGCAUUGCACUCCUGUAGGGCACCCUUAAACCUCCACUGCUGGGGGGUCCCAAACCACUAACAUUGGAAAUAAUAUCCUAAAUACUGCUCCCUGUAUAAACUCAUUUUCCUAAAGCAGUCUUUAUCCCUCUCACCAUGUCCAUUCUUGCAUUUAGGUUAGUAAUAAAAAACUGCCUUAUUUCAUAUUAAGUUGCAAGCAAAUAACUGAAAAUGACCUUAGGAUAAAUAUGUCUUUUUCUCCUCAUGUCAUAGAUAGUACUAAAGUAAUUAGAUAGACUGGUAAAUGUUUGCAAAGCUAUGUAAAUAUUUUAGAUUUUUGAACUGUUGUUUACUGGAAAAGAGGGCCAAAUGUAUACUUACUAUUCAAAAUUAUAGCCUGAUUAAAGGAACACUCUAAGUACCAUAAUCACUACAGCACAUUGUAGUGGUUAUAGUGACAGGAGUGCCCUGGUGCCCUCCCAGUGGAUUUAGUCAAACUGUUUAAGAGCAGUUUGAGACAAGUUACCAGGGGUACACGGGGCACCCACCACCACCACCUUCUUUGCAGCUAGGAGCUAAACCACAUUCUUGCAAUGAGCUAAGCUCUCACCCAACGAGCCAUAUAGCAUUGCAGAGGUUAUCGCAGUGGAUGUGGACUUAUAGUCCUUUAAGAAGCUUCUGGCUCCACAUGAGCCUCCAGCAGACUCCAAGUAAGGAUUGGCUACUUACUCCAGGAUUGCACUUUUGGCACUAUAACCACUACAGGGGGCAGUACAGUUAUGGUAGUGGUAAUGUAAGGGUUAUGGUGCUUAGAAAUGUCCUGUAACCUUAAGGUGACCUACAGACAUGCCUCAAGAGUUAUACAGGAACCCCAGGUUCAUGAAGCUAUGUUCCCAUUCCAAUACUAAGUGUGAAGUGGAGUUCUCAAAUUGAUACUUGCCCAGGGCUCUGUGAAAUCUUAAUCCAUCCCUGUCCAAAUUUAAUACAAUCAUUUAAAGGAGACCUUUCUCAAAAUGUUCAACAUAUCCACUGCAGGGCUACUCACUAUAUUCUGAAAUUUGUGCAAGAUCCAUUUUUGUUUAGUAAUAGUGUCUAUUUGCAUUAAUAUGUAAGGUUUUGAAUAUGUUUUUGCAACAGUUUUUGCAAUCCUUAUCUUACCAGCCCACAACCUUUUUUACUGGCAUGCAAAACACUAAAACGCUGUAAAAACAUUGUUGAUGUUCACUGGUGAUUCAAGAAUGCUUCACGCAGACAACUGAUCUCUAUGAAAUUUAUUUACUAAACUGGAAAUAAGGAAAUUUCAAAAUAUGACCAAUGUUUUUUAAAACGUUUCUAAAUUGGAUUUUAUUUCUAAAUCUCCUGAUUUGUCAUACAUUUUGAAGUCCCCUAAAUUCACUGAAACAGACUGUUUAGCAAACUGCUUUUUGAAGUGGCCACCAUAGUGGUAGGACUCUGGAUGUCCAUUGUUUCAGCUUGACACACUGCACUUCCAAAGAUAUUUUUAAUCAUGUCCAAGGUGCAAGUUUUACCCCCAACACUACAUUGGCAGACCAGAACUAUAUGAGUAUCUAUGUUUCUCUGUAUGUGAAAGUGUGUGUAUAUGUGCGUAUUUGUAUGUCAGUGUGUGUAUAUAUGUAUCUGUGUGUCAGUGUGUGUGUAUUUAUGUGUCAGUGUGUAUGUGAAUGUGUGUAUGUGUCAGUGUGUGUACCUUUACUUGUGUCAAUGUGUAUGUUUAUCUAUGUAAGUAUAUAUGUAUGUGACAGUGCAUGUGUAAAUGCGUAUACAUCCCAGCAACCAACACCAACACUACAAGCAAACACACCCUUGCAAUCAAAUACAAACAUCACAUACAAACACAACCCUGCAGUCAAACGCCAAAAGUAUAUACAAACACACCACUUCAUUCAAACACCAAACAUAAACACAAAUGUACACCCAAAUUUAAAUGCCAACACUUCAAAUACACCCCUGCAUUGAAACCAAACACUACAUAGAAGUAUACCACUGCAUUCCAAUUGCAACUGUACAUAUAUACACCCCUACAUGCACACAUACAUGCUCCAUACAGAAACAUGUUUACAGUUAAACGCACAACUGCUCACAAAUGCAACCCUGCUAGGAUAGGAAACAUGGUCGAUCCCCAGCUGGUAUGGCAUCAUGGAGGUUUACAACCGAUGGGAAUCUAUCUUUUGACCACCCUUGUGCUAGAGGGGGUCCAAAAAAUUUUCUUGAACCAUGUCCUUCUAUGUAUUAGUUCUACCACUGUUGCACAGCACGACAUAAUAUUUUUAAUUUUUAAAAUUUUUUAUUUUUGCAGUGCAUAGACAUGGUACAAACAAGCUUGAGGCAUUUCCCUCGCUGAACAUGCUGGGUUUUGAUUUACAGGCACAAUUUUAUAAUAUAAAUAGGCAGAAUCAGUUAAAGCAGUAUAGCAUCGAUUUAAAGUGUACAUUUAAGCUGCAAACAGGCUAGGUCAGUUCGUCAGACUGUCUGGUGAUAACACGAAUUGUACAAGCUUAUAUUGCUAGUAAGUUACACAGGCUGGUUCACGAGAGGCUGUUGCCCCCUGUUGAGUCUAUGGAGUUGUGAGAGUCUCUGUGCUGGCAUGUAGUGCUCCUUCCCCUCUGUCACUGAUCUGGUGGUCAUAGAUACUCAUCCAGGUAUGGUAGAUCUCCGCUUGUCAGGCUCGGUGGUCUGGUGAGUCCAGCACUUGUCCUAUGUGUAGGUGUGCAUGUGAGUCCACUAGGCUGUUGCUCGCUGCCCAGAUAGCUGCAGACCGUGAUUUUGGCGGUUGUGUUUUGUUUGGGGCCCUCCGGCAUGGCAGGUGAGGGACUCAUAGGGACUCCCUGGUGGGUGGCAGAGGCCAUGAUCUGCCGCCAUCUUGCGAGGUAUGUCUUGCGGGUUCCUUGCGCCUCGAUCCCCAUGCGGCUCAAGCUCUCCUCAGUGGGGACCGGAUGACCCCCCCGGUCCAUAGGGUGGGGAAACAGGGCCGGCAAGUGACUCAGGUGGUCGGCAUGUGGUAGUGGGGAGGGGGGGCCCGGUGGCGGCCGUCCACCUCGCUCCCCUCCCGGGUAGGCCACAUCCCUCGAAGCUCUGUGCUUCCUCUUGGGGACCAGAACUCCCUGUCUCGGGGUUUGCUGCCUCUCCCACAGCCAUGGGUAUCUCAUGGGCUCGUUUAUUGUGCGGAGGUCCGCAUUAAGUAGUUUAAGAGGCCCAGUUUAUCUGGAGCCUCUCCUGCAUGCGACCGGUUAGCCCCCCGACAUAAUAUUUUUUGUGUGAUUGCAUAUUAUUAAAAAAUAAAUAGAAUUCUGUCUUGAAUAUAUAUUUAUAGCAUCAGGUUUAAAUUCUUUUAAAAAACAGACAGUCAGACAAUGAAAUAGUUACAUGAAAGAAAAAAAAAGAAAAAAGCAACUUGAUAAGAUUAACUUUGGGCAUUUUCUGCUACGCAGUAAACCCUGCCAAAUCUGUUUAUUAAAAAACAUUGUACUUUAACAUUAUCGUAAGGAGGAUUGAUUUUGCUAGGCUUUCAUGAUAAACCUACAUGUGAAUUAAUCAAUGAUUCUGUAAUUUUGAUUAAGACCUAGUGGGAGAGAUUUAUCAUGGCAAAAACAGUUGCUAUUGAGAAAUGCUUUCCUGUGGACUGUUUGAAUGCGCGCACGGCUCUUGCCGCGCAUGCGCAUUCCGCUCCACUCGGGAGCUGACAUCGGCGGGGGAGAAGAGGUCACCAGCGCCAUGGGAGCCUGGCGCUGGAUUAAGGUAAGUGGCUGAAGGGGUUUUAACCCCUUCAGCCCAGCGGAAGGGGGACCCUGUGGGUGAGAGUCCCCCAAGGAUGACAUAGUGUCAAGAAAACGAGUUUGUUUUCCUGACACUAUAGUGAUUCUUUAAGAAAUACAGGGAAGCUCUUAUAUGGAUCUCUAAUUUCUAAAUAUAAAUAUUUAACUAAAUAAAUUAUUUUAUAAUUGGAGAGAGCAUGUGUCUUCUUCCCAUCACAAACUCUGCUGAAUUAAAUUCUGCGCUACAUUUGAUAACAGUAGAAUUUGUUUUGAAGUAACUCUAUUAAGCGCAAUUAAUUGGUCAGCUUGUUACAGAGUGACCAUCAUGACUGAUGAGUUUUUUUUUUAAACAUUUCAGGUAUCCCCUUCAAGGCAGGGAGUAUACAUAUCUACUCUAUCUCAGCAUGCAGGCUGUAAAAACCAUAGAGAUUAAUUAGGGGCACUAGAGCCAUGCAGAGAUACUAAGCCCCCAGGCACGCUAUGAAAAUGUGUUUCACAGGGUUAUUCACCAAGGUGAGAAUUUUAAAUUUAAGGUCAUAAUAGUCAAACUGGAAAAAUUCCCUGAGUCAGCUAUGCUUUAAGUUUGGCUACUCUGGCCUUAAAUAUGAAAUUCACUUUAAAUUCUCACUUCAGUGAAUAUUCAUGUUAGUGUUGCAAACAUAUACAGGUGUACACACUACAGUAAAAUUGUCAGGAAUUCAAUGUGAGUUCCAAUUGAAUUUAGAGGAAACCUGUAGUCUCGAAAAGAACAAUCGUUUUUUCAGAUCCAUAAUUUCCGUUUUAGCAGUGUGAUCACUGUGCACCCCUCUUUGCUCUGUAAAAUUAAAGUUAAAAUUGUGCCAUCUUCCAUGAUCUCAGUCAAUCCAGUGCUUCCCAUAGAAGAGCUUUGUAUUGGAGAUACGCAUGUGCAGCCAAACGACGUGCUCCUUUAAUCAAAUUCUGCUGAAAACCAGUGGAAUGUCUCACUAAAUGUAUUGCUUUGACACCUGUUACCUUGAUAAAUUUGGCUGCAGUCUCGAUGGCUUUCCAGGGUCCGUUUGAUUUAACAUCAACUGAUCAGCAUCCUGUCAUUUGCUUUCACAAUUGUUUUGGGUCAAUCAAACACAAUAUUAAAUAAAAUUUGCAACCAAUGUAGCAUUAGCAGAAAUGCAUUCAUAUCAUUAGAUAAAGAGCAUGUCUGUGACUUGUUACAAUGUGAGAUAGUUGUGUUUUAAUUAUGUCAUCUCAUUAAUAAAGGACCACUCCAAGCAUGAGCAUAGCGGCUUUCUGAAGUGGUUAUGGUACCAGGAGUGCCCUGGCAUGUAAGCAGUCAAAUCAUUUAAUUCAGACACAAUAUUAAAUGUGUAUCGGUAUACAAGUGCAGCACUUCAUGUUGAAACACUGCACUUCCAGGGAAUUCCAAAAUACAGAAGUGGUGAUGGUGCUUAGCGUAAUACUUGAAUGUUAUGGGGCAGUAACAUGUCUCUUUUUUUGUCUUACACUAUAUGUAUCAUUUAAUGUUUCAACUUUCAAAUGUGGGGAAUAUGAAGGCUCUAAUCAGGUCGGAAAAUUUGUGUUUUCCACACAUAUAUGAUGACGGAAGCAUCCUUGUUUCAACAGUAUAGUUUUUCCAAUCUUACCGUGCUUUCGUUUAAUAACGUUCUAAUAUUUGUUCAGAAGUCGAUAUGAGACAUUUGUGAAACACUAUUCACAAGGCUGUUUGCUGUUACUGUUUGCUGUGCAGCCGAAACAUACCGAGACCUCCAUAUCAGGCGUUUCUCUGACUGUGAGACAGCUGAUUUUGCCAGAGAGAUUGCGUUAUCUGCAAGCCUUGGAAGAGCACCUGUUGGGCUAAUAUGAUUCUCACUGUUUGCACUCAGCUUUCAUAAAUAAGUAUUGGGUCUUAUUCAUUAAAAUGAAAAUUCUAAACAACUGACUAGAGAAUCACCAAUUUUACAUCAGAAUAUACAAACUAGAAAAAAAUCGACAUUUUUGCAAUUUCCUUAUAAAUACUCUACAAAUCCUGUUUAGUAAAUACCCCAAAUAACUAUCUGAGUUUAUGCAAUGUUUGGUCCUGUUCUCUGGAAAUGAUUGUAAAGAUAUGGCUUUGGGUCUUGAAUUGUAUCAUAAAGGGCCAUUGAUGGGCCAAGUAGUAACAUAGAUAGGGCAUUUUCUCUUAAAGAUCAGAGAUGCACUGUGUAAAAAUAAAACUACAAUGUGUAGAUGGAGUUAAAGGCUGCAGUUGCAUGACACCUAUCGACUGCUCUGGGCAUAUGAGGCCUGUAAUGUAACAUGGCAGAAACACUGCAAAUUAUUGGAUAGCUGACUUAUAAAGUUCUUUAUAGCAAGAGCUACAGCUACUUGCUUCCCUGUCCUCACAAUCACUCCUUUACAAAGAAACAUAGAAUGUGACGGCAGAUAAGAACCAUUCGGCCCAUCUAGUCUGCCCAAUUUUCUAAAUACUUUCAUUAGUCCCUAACCUUAUCUUAUAGUUAGGAUAGCCGUAUGCCUAUCCCACGCAUGCUUAAACUCCUUUAAUGUGUUAACCUCUACCACUUCAGCUGGAAGGCUCCAUGCAUCCACUACACUCUCAGUAAAGUAAUACUUCAUGAUAUUAUUUUUAAACCUUUGCCCCUCUAAUUUAAGACUAUGUCCUCUUCUUGUGGUAGCUUUUCUUCUUUUAAACAUAGUCUCCUCCUUUACUGUGUUGAUUCCCUUUAUGUAUUUAAAUGUUUCGAUCAUAUCCCCCCUGUCUCGUCUUUCCUCCAAGCUAUACAUGUCAAGAUACUUUAACCUUUCCUGGUAAGUUUUAUCCUGCAAUCCAUGAACCAGUUUAGUAGCCCUUCUCUGAACCCUCUCUAAGGUAUCAAUAUCCUUCUGAAGAUACGGUCUCCAGUACUGUGUACUGUGUAAAGAGAUUGGCAUAACUGAGGGCAAACUUGGUGCCCAUUGCUGUACCACAGAUCUGCAGAAAAAACUGGUCCUGAAACCAAAAGAAGUUGUUGGUUAAAAUUAGAAGAAUUCCUUCCAAAAUAAAAUCUAUUUGUUCUUUCUUAAAAAGAGAUUUUUCUAAAAAAUAUUUCGCUGCCUCUAGUCCCUUAUUAUGGGGAAUGAUGCUGUAUAGUGAACUGACGUCACAUGUGAACAGAAUGUAUCCUUCCUGACAUCUAAUUUGUUCUAAUAUUUGAAGCAUAUGGAUCGUAUCUUUCAGAUAGUAUGGAUUCUGUACAACCAAUGGUUGUAACAUGAUGUCUAUAUAUUCUGAUAGACACUAAUACUUAUAUUGAUAGAACCAGUUGUCAUCAUACUCCUUGGCUCGUUAAUGCACCGAGAGGACAGUUUAAGAGACUAAGAAGAAACUGCACAGACACACAAGUAUAUACAGAACAAUCAAAGUAUUUAAUGAAUCAAUUUUUAGAGAAAGGUUACGAGGAAACUAAACUAAAAAAAGAUUUAGAAGAUAUAAAACUUUUAGAAAGAAAACAACUUUUAAAAUAUAAAUCUAAGAAUACCUCUCAAAGAAAUGAGGACAUCCCUUUUAUAUGUAAAUAUAACGGAAACACUAAAAAAAUCCAAAAUGCCAUACAAAAACACUGGCAUAUUUUGAGAGAUGACCCAAUUUUGAAAGUUAUUCUACCUCUAAAACCUAAAAUUAUAUAUAGAGGAACUAAGAAUUUACGAAAUAUUUUGGUUAGGAGCAGUCUAGAUGACGCCAAACCAGACCAUUUUUUGAACAACCUUGUAGGUUUUUAUGGUUGUGGGGAAUGUUUACCAUGCAGGGCAACGAAAAGUAAAAAAAGACACCUUCUGGACAUAAGCAAACUAUUAGGUCAACAAUAUAAGAUAAAAGACCAUCUUACAUGUCACUCUAAAGGAAUUAUUUAUGUCUUAAGAUGUCCCUGCAAUCUACUCUAUAUAGGAAGAACAAUACGACCCCUCCAUAUAAGAAUUGCAGAACAUGUGCGGAAUAUCAGAAAAGGUCUAGAAACGCAUUCUGUUUCACAGCACUUUAAAAUGACCCAUAACCAAGACCCCACAGGCCUUCUAUUUUGUGCAAUAAAAUUAGUAACUAAAAAUUGGAGAGGAGGAGACUAUGCGAACAAACUAGGGAAGGAGGAAAUGAAAUGUAUUUUUAACUUUAACACCUUGAUACCCAAUGGGUUAAAUUCUGAUUUUGAGAUUUGCCAUUUCCUCAAAAAAUAACUCUUCUUAUAUGUUACACAAUGGGCUAUCUGCUAUUAUUGUUACUUACACCUAAGUAUAUGUACUAGAUAUUAUUGCUUUUUGCACCUCAAUAUAUGAAAUCUAUGAUUUUUCUGUAUGGGAUUUGGUCUUUUUCACUUAGGACUCAUUAUAUUAUCAUUUUUCACUUAUUUUUACUAGACAUAUAUGCAUAUAUUUCAUCUUUACGUAUAUAUUUCUUUUUUUGUCAUACAGAUGUUUAUAUUUUUAACCCCUUAAGGACCGAGGACGGUUCAGGACCGUCAUCGGCAUUUUUGCCUUGCCGACCGAUGACGGUCCUGAACCGUCCUAACGGUCUGGGGGUACUUACCUGAUCGCCGUCGUUCCCCCGGCGGCGAUCAGUGUUCCUCCGGUUGUGGGGAGACUGCCUGCAGCCCAGACAGUCUCCCCACGGCAGAUUAGGACCCCUGUGGCCAUGUGAUCGCUCAACACAGCGAUCACAUGGUCACAAUAGGUGUCCAUGUGUCUGCCUGCAGGGGGACUGUCUGUGCUGACAGGCAGUCUCCCUGCUUGUGUAAAAUCAGAAAAAAAAAAUAAAGUUAGUGUUAAUUAAAAAAAUAAAAAUAAUUAUAUAUGUGUAUAUAUGAUAUAUAGACAUAUAUUAUAUCUAUAUAAUAUAUGUCUAUAUAUCAUAUAUAUAUAAUGUCAUACUAAGUGUAUUUUUAUAUUAAUAUGUACUUAUAUUAAUAUAAAAUACACUUAUAAUUAAAUUACACACGUAUAUAUAUAAUAUAUAUAAUAACUAUAUAUAUUGUAUAUAUAUAUUAUUAUAAAAUAUAAAUAAUAAGUAAUUUAAAUUAAAUAUUUUUUUUAAAUAAUACUAAAAAAUUUUUAAAAAAUUAUAUAGCUAUAUGAAAUUUUAUUCUAACUGUAUUUUAAAAUUAAUAUAUAUAUAUAUUUAUAUCAAAAUACACUUAGAAUGAAUUUGUAUAGAGAAAUAAUAAGAAAUAUACAUACGUCCAUAUACAAAAUUACAUAAAUAAUUAUAUAAAUAUACACGUAGACUUCAAAUAUAUAAAUAUGCAUAUAUAUUUAAAUUCUGCGUGCGUAUUUAUGUAAUAUUUUUACAUAAUUCAGUAAUUUUAUUGAUUGCAAUUUGCCAACCCAGGCCGAAAUUCCAGAGAAUUUAAUUUGCUAGCACUGUAUUUUACCUUGUAACGUUCUACGACACCCUAAAACCUGUACAUGGGGGGUACUGUUUUACUCGGGAGACUUCGCUGAACACAAAUAUUAGUGAUUCAAAACAGUAAAACAUAUCACAGCGAUGAUAUUGUCAGUGAAAGUUACUUUUUUUUGCAUUUUUCACACACAAACAGCAGUUUUACUGAUGAUAUAAUUGUUGUGAUACGUUUUCCAGUUUUUACACUAAUAUUUGUGUUCAGCGAUGUCUGCCGAGUAAAACAGUACCCCCCAUGUACAGGUUUUAUAGCAUUUUUGAAAGUUACAAGGUCAAAUAUAUGGGUCAAAUAUUUUUACAUUGAAAAUGGCCAGGUUGGUUACGUUGCCUUUGAGAGCGUAUGGUAGCCCAGGAAUGAGAAUUACCCCAUGAUGGCAUACCAUUUGCAAAAGAAGACAACCCAAGGUAUUGCAAAUGGGGUAUGUCCAGUCUUUUUUAGUAACCACUUGGUCACAAACACUGGCCAAAAUUAGCGUUCAAUUUAGUUUUUUUACUUUUUCACACACAAACAAAUAUGAAUGCUUACUUUGGCCAGUGUUUUCGACUAAGUGGCUACUAAAAAAGACUGGACAUACCCCAUAUUGAAUACCCUAGGUUGUCUACUUUAAAAAAAAUAUGUACAUGUGGGGUGUUAUUCAGAGAUUUAUGACAGAUAAUAGUGUUACAAUGUCACUAUUGAUAAAUUUUUAAAAUGUAUGUUUUGAAACCGCAAUAUCCUACUUGUACCUAUAGCCCUAUAACAUGCAAAAAAAAGCAAAAAAGCACGUAAACAUUAGGUAUUUUUAAACUCAGGACAAAAUUUUGAAUCUAGCAGUUUUUUUCAUUCGCUUUUGUAGAUGAGUAAAAGAUUUUUCAAGUAAAAGUCAAAAAACAUGUAUUUUUUUCAAUUUUUCAUCAGAUUUUUUUAUUUUUUUUAAAUUAAAAUACAUGAGAUUAUAUAAAUAAUGGUAUGUAAAGAAAGCCCCUUUUGUCCUGAAAAAAACAAUAUAUAAUUUGUAUGGGAACAGUAAAUGAGAAAACGGAAAAUUACAGCCAAACACAAACACCACAAAAGUGUAAAAAUAUUCCUGGUCGCAAAUGUACAACAUCGCAAAAACAGUCCAGUCCUUAAGGGGUUAAAUAUAUGGAUGUCUCCAAGUUUUAAUAUAUUGAUCAUUACUUUAAGUGGUUUCUAGCAUUUUUAUAAGUUCUAUAUUUUAUAUAUAUAACUGUGUACACUUAGAAUAUUCAUAUAUGAUAUGCAUCCACCUCUUUUAGAGGUAGAAUGCACACAUGUUCCAUAAGUGAAUAUAAAUGAAAUGAAGAGAAAGCUAGGUGUGAAUCCGGACUGUAGACAUAUGCGAAUAAAGCUUUUUCAAGAAGUGGUCUGGGUGCCAGGUCCAUCAAGGGUUAACCCUGCAGCUGUAAACAUAGAGAAACUGCUAUGUUUCACUGAGGGUUAAUCCAGCCUCUAGUGCAGUGAUGGCGAACCUUUUUGAGCCCGAGUGCCCAAACCGUAAUACAUGCCAAUUUUUUUUCCCCUCAAAGUGCCAAAACGGCAAUUAAACCUGAAUAUUGAGGUUUAAGUUUAGAAGAAACAACUCAUACAGUUGUCCGAACUAAUUAACAUCUGUGUGUGUAUUAAGCAGUUUGUGUGUGUGCUUGGCAGUCUGUCUGUAUGUGUAUUUAGCAGACUGCUGAAUACACACAGACUGCUGAGUACACAGUCUGCUAAAUACACACACACACACACACACAGACUGCCGAGUACUGAGUGUACACACACACAGACUGCUAAAUACACACACUGCAUUGAGGGGUACAGUGUAUGUGUUUGUGUGUGGGGUGAUGUGUUUGUGUGGUGUGUGUGUGUGGGGUGAUGUGUGUGUGGUGUGUGUGUGUGUGGGGUGAUGUGUGUGUGUUUGUGGGGUGAUAUGUGUAGGGCAGGGGUGCUGUGUGUAUGUCGUCCCCUCUCUCCCCACUGUUUUCUUUCCCCAUCCCUCCCUCAUUUCCCCAUAUCUCUCCUCAGUUUCCCCAUAUCUCUCCCUCAGUUCCCCCAUCUCUCUCCCUCAGUCCCCAUCUCUCCCUCAGUUUCCCAUCUCUCCCUCAGUUCUCCCUUCCCCAUCUCUCCCUCAGGUUCCCCUCUCCUCGGUUUCCCAUAUCUCCCUCAGUUUCCCCCCCCCAUCUCCCUCAGGUUCCCCUUCCCCCCCAUCUCUCCCUCAGGGUCCCCCAUCUCUCCCUCAGGUGUCCCCUUCCCCAUCUCUCCCUCAGGGUGUUCCCCUUCCCCCCUCUCUCUCCCUCAGGUUCCUUCCCCCCUCUCUCCCUCAGGUCCCUCUCUCCCUCAGGUGUCCUUCCCAUCUCUCCCUCAGGUGUCCCUUCCCCAUCUCUCCCUCAGGUUCCUUCCCCCCCCUCUCUCCUUCCCCCUCUCUCCCUCAGGUCUCUCCCUCAGUCUCCUCCCCCCCAAUCUCUCCCUCAGUCUCCCCCACCUCCUCCUCUCCCUCAGUCUCCUACCUUGUAGCGUGGCCGAGCGCACCGCGGAGCUCAGUCUCCUGUACCCGGCGGACAGGAAGUGCUCUCUCUGUGAGCACUUCAUUUCCGUCCGCCCGGGUACAGGAAACAUAAGUUCCUGUACCGCGGCGCGCUCGGCCACGCUACACAGAGUGCCUGGCAGGAGGGAGCGCUCUGCGCUCACCUCCUGCCGGUCACUCCGGCUUUGCGCCCGCCGGGCCGGUGCGCCCUAAGGCGGCCACUUGUGCCGCCUUAUGGAUGCGCCGGCAGAGCGCAAACUCCCUCCCUCCGGCGACCUAUGGCCGCGUGCCCACAGAGGGGGCGCGGCGUGCCACCUGUGGCACGCAUGCCAUAGGUUCGCCAUCACUGCUCUAGUGGCUGUCUCAUUGACUUUGACAAGGGACAAACUGUGAUGGUUCGACAACUGAGUCAGAGAAUCUCCAAAAUGGCAAGUCUUGUGGGAUGUUUCUGGUAUGCAGUGAUUAAUACCUACCAAAAGUGGUGGAAAGUAGUACAACUGGUGAACCAGUGUCAGGGUCAUGUGCACCCAAGGCCAGUGCCAUCUUAACAACAUUACAGGCCCCAUUGCAAAGCAGUGCACUGGGGCCCCGCCCACACACAACUCACAGAAAUAAAAAUAUAAAUUAUAGAUAAAAUUAAGCUUAUAUUUAUUAGUACCUUCAACAAAUGCAAUAAAUACAUACAAUACAUACACACAUUGACUGCUGAAUACAUACACACACCGACUGCUGAAUACACACGCACAUAGACUGCUGAAUACACACACAAAAUGCUGAAUACAUACACAUAGUCCGCUGAAUACAUGCACACAGUCCGCUGAAUACAACUGUGUUGUGGGAGGGUGCUGUAUGUGUGUGGAUUGCUGUGUGUGUGGGGGGUUGCUGUGUGUGUGUGUGAAGGGUGUUGUGUGUGUGUGUGUGUGUGUGUGAAGGGUGCUGUGUGUGUGAGGGUGCUAUGUGUGUGUGAGGAAUGCUGUGUGUGUGGGGGUGCUGCAUGUGUGUGGGGGGUGCUGUGUGUGGGGGGGGGAGGGUGCUGUGUAUCAGGAGUGCUGUGUGUGUGUGUGUGGAGUGCUGUGUGUGUGUGUGUGUUGCAGAGUUUGAGGGGGUGCAGGUAGCAAAUGUGUUUGUUUGUUUUUAAAUAAUGCUAUACAUUAAUACAAUUUCAUUCCCCCCCCGCCUCUCUUCUUCUUACCUGUGGUAAGGGAGGGGGGGACACAGCCAGCCCUGGAGGUCCGGAGGUGGUGAGUUCUGUGUAGCCUGCAGCUCAUCUGGUUUCAGGCUGUCUCCUGUCCUCCUGUGCGCAGAAUGCUGUAUGUAGCGUUGCCAUGGUAAUACGCUAUACGCAAUGCUCCACACAGCCUGCUCGGGCUGCCUUACAGGACCCUCCUCCUUUACUCCGGGUUCUCCUGCCCUAUCUCCCUGAUUGAAGGGCCCUUGGGCUCGAGAGAGCCCACAGCCAGAAAACAGGGCCGUCUCUCCACGGGCCAGCAGAGGAGAUCAAAGGAUCUGUGGGGCCCCCGGGCAACUGCCCAGCAUGCCCAAUGUGGAAAGACGGCUCUGCCUAAGGCUCAUUGUUACACGUGGGGAGCGACGGCUAGCCCGUCUGGUCUGAACACACAGAAUAGCUACUGUAGCUCGUUUGCUGAAAAACUGAAUACUGGCCAUUAUAGAAAGGUGCCAGAACACACAGUGCAAUGCAGCUUUCUACAUAUGGGGCAGUGUAGCUAUAGACCUGUCAAAAUGCCCAUGUGACCCCUGUCCACCGCUAAAAAAUGCCUUUAAUGGUGAGUUUUAGAACUGAACCAUCGAGCAAUGGAAGAAGGUUGCCUGGUCUGAUGAAUCACGUUUCUUUUAGAUUAGGUGGAAGGCCAGGUGCAUGUGCGUCAUUUACCUGGGGCAGCAGGAUACACUAUGGAAAGGAGGCAGGCCAGCAUGGGCAGUAUUAUGCUCUGGGCAAUGUUCUGCUGGGAAACCUUGGGUUCUGGCAUUCACAUGGAUCUUACUUUGACUCGUACCAUCUACCUAGAGAUUGUUGUAGACCAUGUACACCUCUUCAUGACAAUAAUACAAAAAUUGUUCAGGAAUGGUUGGAAGAACAUGACAAAGGUAUUGCCUUGGCCUCCAUAUACCCCAGACCUCAAUCCGAUUGAGCCUCUGUGAGAUGUGCUGGAACAACAAAUCUGAUCCAUGGAAGCCCCACCUUCCAUCUUGCUUGCAGAACUUAAAGGAUCUACUGUUAAUGUUUUGUGCCAAAUACCACAGAACACGUUCAGAGGUCUUGUGGAGUCCAUGCCUCUACACAUCAGAUCUAUUUUGGCAACAUGCGUGAGUGGGAUCUACGCAAUAUUAGGCAGGUGGUUUUAAUGUUGUGGCUAAUGAGUGUUUUUAACAAUGCUUAACAAAAAAGAAUGGAGCAUUGAUUUGGCGUAUUUGUGUGUGUCAGUAGUUCAACAUAAAUGUCUGAUUUUAGGCCAAAAUAUAUAACUGAAAAUCAACUAAUCAGUGGAUCUAAAAUGUCUAAUUCACUAUUAAUUCCUGGCAAUUCAUACUAUACUGAAUGAUCCUAAAUAUGGAUUUCUGAGUAAGUAGUACAUUAGUCAGAGUGGGUCUAAAUGUUUUUAGUAUCAUGUCCCUAUAACAUGAUGUAAAGUCACUUUAAAUUUACUUGGUUCAGACAUGUAUAGGGAUUUUUAUAUAACUAAUUUGGCAUGCUGAAUGCAAAGGGUGGAACAUAAUCAGGCCAGGUAGACACAAGUUUUUGUGUGAUGACGCAUUUCAGUAAUCCUGCUAAUAAAUAAUAAUCCCAUUAAGUGACCUCUCUGAUACUGAUAUCUUAAUAAAAUACCAGGGAUUUGAUUUAGAUCUAGUGCAAGGAAUUGCACUGGAAUUGAGUAAGUAGCUUGUAAUUAAUGUAAAGUUAAUCCACAUAUUUACGAUCGGCCUAAAAUCUAGCUGAUGGGCAGCAGCACUGUUAGGGCACACACAUCAUAAAGGCCUGUUUAAACAUACCUGACAACGUUCUAAACUCUCAAAACUAAACGUAUCAAAUCUUUGAAAGAUUCCAUGUUAUGACAAAGGGAUCUUACAGCAGACUACUUGAAAACGCUGAAUGAGCUGCUCAGACAUGGGGUUCUGAAGCUUUACAACUACAUGAAGACCAUGCAAUGUUAUUAUGAAGGGACCACUUGUCACCCAGACUUUGCAAAUGGUACCCCUUUCUUUCAACAUUAAUAUAGUUUUCACUAAAGUUAGAAUUCAGAACCCUUUGUCCCCUUCAGAAGAUGGCACUCUAGUAUCUUUCCAUGAGCUUUUGGUCUGUUUGGAUUAGCUGAAGAAUACAGAAUUCAGUUCUUUUGAGGUCCUUAGUUGCCAUAAGUGUACCACCUCUGAUCCUUCCAGGAAUCUCAUGGAUUUAAUCACUGAAUGGGUUGAAGAUCCAAACGGCCGUUUCAUACAACAAGGUACUUAGAAGGGAGAACUACAAGUUCACUUCUAACAUUUCAAAAGCAGGCAUGAUUUAUGGUAGCUACAGAAUCUUAUCUACAUAAAACCGUAAAAAAAAACAGUCAUACCUCCCAAGUGUCAUGUAUGGAGGUGGUACUGGAGAGAAGCACAGACCCUCUGUGUAUGCACCGACCCUAUGCUAAUCUCUCGCUUUCAUUUCUCAACCAAAUCCAUACCCCCUGCAUUGGCAUCGUGUGAGUGAGGUAAAAGGAGGAAGGCCAGUGAACCAAAUCACGUCCACAAAGUGGCACACCUGUCUGGAAAGGAGGCAGGUCUACCCAAAGAAUUGGAAAGUCAGUCUGGUGUGAAUGCAUGACAGGCUGCCUGACAAUCACGCAGGCCUGCCAACUAAGGGCAGACUAUUCAAAUAGCGCUCCAUCAAUGCCCUGAGCUUACCGUGCGCAAAUCUCUAUGCCUUCUGAGAACAAAUGGCAAAACAAGUUUUUUGUUAUUUCAUAUUCAGCCAGGCCACACUAGUAUUGUUCUUCUGUAUCCCUUCCAAAUUCCUAUACUUGAUUCCCUCUGCACAAAGCAAGAGCAUGUAAAGAGUGAUACUUUUUUUUCUUUAUUAAUGAGGUAUUGAAGGAGCAUGGGUCUGAAGCUUUAGCUCCAUUAGCCCCUAUGUUAAUCCAGGCCUGAUGAUAUCUGGUGAAAAGGCAUACUAAUCUAUCACCACCAGGUAUGGUAUCUGGUAGAUGGACAAUCAGCAACAUAUCACCACCAGGUAUGGUAUCUGGUAGAUAGACAACCAGUAACAUAUCAUCACCAGAUAGCCUAUGCAUAGAGUGAUAAAUUCCUAAAAAUGUCAUUUUAACAAAGGAUGUAGAGUGUUGUGACUGCCAUGGAAUAUUUUCAGGUACUAUUACAAGUUACAAGUCAGGAGAAGACCUCCUAUAAAUGGAGUCUCUAGACUGGCUCAUAGAAUCAACUACACCAAAGCGGAUCAAUGUUCUGUGAUCUUUACAACAGCCAGGUGGAAAGAUAAGGCACUUUCUCUCAAUAAGAAACUACAGAUAUGUCACAUUCCCCAAAUUCCAUCCAUAUUCCUCUAGCCUAAACAGCUUUUAUGGGGGGAAUAUUUGUGUUUGUGUGUGAAGUUCAUGAAUUCACUGCAAAUUCCUAUGUCAUGUAGUUUCUGUAGUGAUCUCUGAUAACACGACAAUACCACACAGUUACUUUAGUCACUUUACUUGUUAUAGUACUGCAGAGCUUAUAAGACACAGCAAAGAUUCCUGGGAGUUGUAGUUGAAUUGUCAGCUCGUUACUGAAGAAAUCUAACAACUAACAACUCCAACAAACCUAAAUUACGAGUUAUGGGUGGGCAUGUAAAGGAAAACUAUUAUUAAAUUAUUAAACUAAAAAUAAAUACAUAUUCAUUUAUAAAUAAAAUAAAUAAUUAGCUGUUAUCUAACUUACAUAUUUCUCCUAAUUAUUAAUGCCUGGAGGGCUUGUAUAAGACAAGUAGGUCUCUACCAACUUUUAAAGUACACUCUAACCACCAAAACCACUGUAUCUUAAUGUAGUCUCUUUGCUGCAUAGUUACUGUCUUUUUCCCCCUCUUACAAUGAGAACAUCAUUCUAUUGGCUGACAGAGAGCUACUAGAAGCAUCUCCCUUGAUUCUCAACGUCCUUACAUUCAGUGUAAUUAUGCACAGCAUGAUGAUACCGGUUGUGGUUAUUGCUUCUUAUAGAGAUGCAAUAGAUUCACUGAUUCUCUGUGUGAAACAUUGGAUUGUAGGAUUGUGGCAAUUGUUUCUCUUUGAAAGACAUCUGAUUGGACGAGAGAUUAUCAGGAAUGGUAAAUCGGGUCUGGAAGAGGACACGGACGGAGCAUUGGAUUUUCAUACCACUGCUGAAUAGCCAAGAUACCCAUAUGAUCCUCUCAGACUAGCUUUAUUUAAACACAUUUCCCACAAAUUUAUGGACUGCUAAUGCAAGGCCACAUCAUUGUCAUGCCUGUGUAUACAAACUACUGCUGUGUUUAAUGUUCUAAUUUAAUGUCGCAGCAACCAGAAAAGAUUUGUACAUACGGAUUUACACUGGUACUACACACUUGAAAAAUAAGUAUAUUUUAUUAUAUUUGAUAUAUUUCUUAUUUAUUUAUUUUAUAUAUUUAUUAUCAACAUUACAGUGUCUCUCUCAGUAUAACUUUUACAUGGGCAUUUUUUAAUAAGUCAUUUAUCUGUAUUGAAAACUGUCAAGUGACAAAUCGACUUUACAUUUCUAAAAAAAUACUCUAAAUAAAUCAUACAAAUAUAUUUGUUAAAAUAUUUACCAUGCCAUUGUUGUUACACAGACAAAAAGCUAGAAUGCAAAUUAUGAAAAUAAUUAUGUAAACCAGAUAUUCCUUUAGCCCACACAGAGCCAUGAUACUACUCAGUAACUGUGUUAUACAGAAUGAUAUUCCAGAAGAGCAAGAUAUAUGUUUAAAUUGGCUCUUCAGUCUCCAGCAUGUGUGCCCAAAAGGUAGCAUCCCAGAUGUUGUAGAAGUACAACUGACACAAUACUUUGCCUUUUAGAAUGGUUUACAAUGGCAAAGCAUCAUGGAAGCUGUAGUUUAAGAACAUCUGGCUAUCUACCUUUUGGACACCCCUGGUCUACAGUCUUUGGACUUUGGACCGAGCAAUCGGGAGAAAAACAGACUGGAGCAGGAAGCAGCACAGCAAUGGGGGAAGUAAAAUAGUUAAGACUUCUGACCUUUUUUGUCGUAAACAAAGGGAUAAUUGGGCAAUUGGCUAUCCACUCACCUGUUUCAUCCCUCAGUUAAUGGCACUCCACACUUUCACUCUAUAACCCAUCCUCUCAUGUGGAUCAGUAUUGUCCUAGUCUUUUACCAGCUCCAAUGGUGGAUUGUACCAGGUGUUGCCACUUUGUCUUCUCAGCCAGUCCAGGAAAAUAAAAUGGCGGAGAGAAAGUGGGCAAAGUGGGUGACCACACAGGGAAUUCCACUUUCACACUUCCCACCAGCACCUGUAAUCAGGGCCGCCAUCAGGGGGUGACAACCAUAACGGUUGGGGCUCAUCGGGUGGCCCACACACUUAGGGCCACCUGAUGGGCCCUAUAUCUUCAGGGGCCUGGUCAGCGCUGUGGCCGUGGUAUAGCACGACUGGGCCCCUUUAAAAAAAAAAAAAAAAGCAGCCGCAAGUGCUGCUGGGAGAAAGUGGUCACUUCCUCUCAGCUCACUCCGCGAGGGAGGAACGAGCGCGCCAGUGAAGAGAGAGAGCCAGGCAAUGAAGAGGGAGCCGCGCCGACUCCCAUCAUCCCCAGCCACCCUCCUGCAAAGAAAAGGUAAGAGACAGGAGGGUAGCUGGAAAAUGAGCUGUGUGUGUGUGUCUGUAUGCAUGUCUGUCUGUCUGUCUGUAUGGCUGUAUGUAUGUCUGUCUGUCUGUGUAUGUCUGUCUGUAUGUAUGUGUAUGUAUGAAUGCAUGUCUGUAUGUCUGUAUGCAUGUAUGUGUAUGUCUGUCUGUAUGUAUGUGUAUGUAUGUAUGUAUGCAUGUCUGUAUGUCUGUAUGCAUGUAUGUCUGUCUGUCUGUCUGUAUGUGUGUCUGUCUGUAUGUAUGUGUAUGUCUGUCUGUAUGUAUGUGUAUGUAUGUAUGCAAGUCUGUAUGUCUGUAUGCAUGUAUGUCUGUAUGUAUGUCUGUCUGUAUGUAUGUCUGUCUGUCUGUAUGUAUGUGUAUAUAUGCAUGUAUGUCUGUCUGUAUGUAUGUAUGUGUGUAUGUCUGUAUGUAUGUGUAUGUCUGUCUGUAUGUAUGUAUGUAUGUCUGUCUGUAUGUAUGUAUGUGUAUGUCUGUCUGUAUGUAUGUGUAUGUAUGUAUGCAUGUCUGUAUGUCUGUAUGCAUGUAUGUAUGUCUUUAUGUAUGUGUAUGUCUGUCUGCAUGUAUGUGUAUGUAUGUAUGCAUGUCUGUAUGCAUGUAUGUCUGUCUGUAUGUCUGUCUGUCUGUAUGUAUGUGUAUGUCUGUCUGUCUGUAUGUAUGUGUAUGUAUGUAUGCAUGUCUGUAUGUCUGUAUGCAUGUCUGUCUGUCUGUCUGUCUGUAUGUAUGUGUAUGCAUGUCUGUAUGUCUGUAUGCAUGUCUGUCUGUCUGUAUGUUUGUGUAUGUAUGUAUGCAUGUCUGUAUGUCUGUCUGUAUGUAUGUCUGUCUGUAUGUCUGUCUGUCUGUAUGUCUGUCUGUCUGUAUGUAUGUGUAUGCCUGUCUGUCUGUAUGUAUGUGUAUGUCUGUAUUUUUGUAUGUCUGUCUGUAUGUAUGUCUGUCUGUAUGUAUGUAUGUGUGCAUGUCUGUAUGCAUGUAUGUCUGUAUGUAUGUGUAUGUCUGUAUGUAUGUGUAUGUCUGUCUGUCUGUCUGUAUGCAUGUAUGUUUGUCUGUAUGUAUGUAUUUAUGUAUGUCUGUCUGUAUGUAUGUCUGUCUGUAUGUAUGUAUGUAUGUGUGCAUGUCUGUAUGCAUGUAUGUCUGUAUGUAUGUGUAUGUCUGUAUGUAUGUGUAUGUAUGUCUGUCUGUAUGUCUGUCUGUAUGCAUGUAUGUUUGUCUGUAUGUAUAUGUCUGUAUGUAUGUGUAUGUCUGUGUAUGUAUGUCUGUCUGUCUGUCUUUAUGUAUGCAUGCAUGUCUGUAUGUCUGUCUGUCUGUAUGCAUGUAUGUCUGUCUGUCAGUCUGUAUGCAUGUAUGUCUAUGUAUGUCUGUCUGUCUGCAUGUAUGUCUGUAUGCAUGUAUGUCUAUGCCUGUCUGUCUGUCUGUAUGUCUAUGUCUGUCUGUAUGUAUGUGUAUGUAUGUCUGUAUGUCUGUCUGUAUGUCUGUCUGUAUGUCUGUCUGUAUGUAUGUAUGUGUAUGUAUGUAUAUCUGUAUGCAUGCAUGUAUGUCUGUAUGUCUGUAUGUUUGUCUGUGUCUGUAUGUAUGUCUGUAUGUAUGUCUGUCUGUAUGUCUGUCUGUAUGUAUGUCUGUAUGCGUGUAUGUCUGUCUGUAUGUAUGUAUGUCUAUGCAUGUAUGUCUGUCUGUAUGCAAGCAUGUAUGUCUAUGUAUGUAUGUCUGUCUGUGUAUGUAUGUAUGUCUGUAUGUAUGUCUAUGUAUGUAUGUCUGUCUUUCUGUAUGUCUGUCUGUAUGUAUGUAUGUAUGUCUGUAUGCAUGCAUGUCUGUGUGUAUGUCUGUAUGUAUGUAUGUCUGUGUGUAUGUCUGUAUGUAUGUCUGUAUGUAUGUAUGUAUGUCUAUAUGUAUGUAUGUCUGUAUGUAUAUGUAUGUCUGUCUGUAUGCAUGCAUGUAUGUGUGUAUGUCUGUAUGUAUGUAUGUAUGUCUGUGUGUAUGUCUAUGUAUGUCUGUCUGUCUGCUUGUAUGUAUGUCUGUAUGUAUGUAUGUAUGUCUAUAUGUAUGUAUGUCUGUAUGUAUAUGUAUGUCUGUCUGUAUGCAUGCAUGUAUGUGUGUAUGUCUGUAUGUAUGUAUGUCUGUGUGUAUGUCUAUGUAUGUCUGUCUGUCUGCUUGCAUGUAUGUCUAUGUAUGUAUGUCUGUCUAUGUAUGUCUAUGUAUGUAUGUCUGUCUGUAUGUAUGUCUGUAUGUAUGUCUGUAUGUAUAUGUAUGUAUGUCUGUCUGUGUAUGUCUAUGUAUGUAUGUCUGUCUGUCUGCAUGCAUGUAUGUCUAUGUAUGUAUGUAUGUCUGUAUGUAUGUGUGUCUGUGUAUGUAUGUAUGUCAUUAUGCAUGCAUAUAUGUCUAUGUAUGUAUGUAUGUAUGUCUGUAUGGAUGUAUGUCUGUCUGUAUGUAUGUCUAUGUAUGUAUAUAUGUAUGUCUAUAUGUCAUUAUAUAUGUUUAUAUGUAUGUCUGUAUGUCAGUAUGAAUGUAUGUCUGCAUGUCAUUAUGAACGUAUAUGUGUAUGGAUGUCUGUAUGCAUGUAUGUCUGUCAGUAUGUCUGUAUAUAUGCAUGUAUGUCAGUCUGAAUGUAUGUAUGUAUGUAUGUAUGUGUGUUUGCCAUUAUGAAUGUAUGUCUGUGUAUGUCUGUAUGCCAUUAUGAAUGUAUGUGUGUAUGGAUGUCAGUGUCUGUAUGUCUGUCAGUAUGUCUGUAUGGAUGAAUGUAUGUGUGUAUGUAUGUAUGUGUGUGUGUAUGUAUGUAUGUCGGUGUCUGUAUGUAUGUGUCUUUAUGUCAUCAUGCAUGUGUGUCUGUAUGUAUGUUAGUAUGUGUCUGUCUGUCACUAUGUAUGCCUGUGUGUAUGUCUCAGUAUGUGUGUGUCAGUAUGUAUGCCUGUAUGCGUGUAUGUCUGUUUCAGUAUGUGUGUCUGCUAGUAUGUAUCUGUGUCCUUUUGUAUCAGUGUGUGUGUUUGUGUCUGUGUGUGUAUGCCUGUGAGCGGUAUUUGGAGGCGGACCCAGUGGGCGGUAUUUGGAGGCAGGCCCCAGGGGGCCCAGACCCUGAGCUGAGUUAGGGGCCCCAUAAUUUCUGGUGGCAGCCCUGUGUGUGUCUGUUAGUAUGUAUCUGUGUCCUUUUGUAUCAGUGUGUGUGUUUGUGUCUGUGUGUGUAUUCCUGUGGGCGGUAUUUGGAGGCUGGCUCCAGGGGGCCCAGACCCUGAUCUGAGUUAGGGGCCCCAAAAUUUCUGGUGGCGGCCCUGCCUGUAAUACACUAAAGGGAGUGAACAACUGUGCUCCAUAAAGACUUCCCACCUGCAGCAACAGAGACAGAAGGCAGGUAAGUAUAGAAGGCAGGUAGGUACAGCAGUAGGUAAGUACAGACGGCAGGUAGGUACAGAAGGCAGGUAGGCAGAGCUAAGAUCCUAAGUCAGAUAGUAGAAGGCACUGGAACACAACUGGUAGGGCCAGAGAGUGGGAAACAAAGCGGGAGAGGGAGAGUGGGCAAUUUGUGACCCUCUCACUCUCUCUCUCCAGCCCCUACUGGCAUCUGAGAUGCACCAAAGAUGCACCAAAAGAGUGCAGACAAUUAACUUAGGAAUCACAAAGCAUCGCAAUUGAAAGAAUACAAGAGAGGACAAAAAAAAAGGAGAAUGAAUGGUUAAUUGAUGACCCAUUAGGUUGGAAUACAUUGCCUGUACAAUAGCAACGGCCGACUGCACUUGUUUUUUUUUUUUUUAAUUGUUGAUUCUUUGACAACAUUACACUAUAUGCACUUUAUUAUACAAAUGCUGGUUAGAGGUCGUUGAUCCCUUUAAAGUAUUAUGGACUGCAACAACUGACCCUGCUAUGAAAGUGGCAAAGAGUAUCGACUCGGCAUAUAUUUAAUCCGUACCUACCUGCACAGCGUUCCAGUGAAUUCUAUAUAUAUCUCAUUACUACAGUCUGGAGGCUGCUUUGAAGUGCUUCUUAGUUGAACCUGAAUGUAUAGAGCAGACUCUAUCUGCUCUAUGUUUGUGUGUGACCAUUUUCUAUUUUUUAAAUAUUUGUUUUAUACUUUGUCUGCUUUUUUUCUUUUCUCCUAUUUAUGCAGAUGCAGAUUUUAUGUUCAAGUCUUGUAAGUGCAAUCUCAUUUUCAAUGUGUGUACACUUUUAUAUAGUACCUACAUAUUUACACUGUACAGUUUUGGGAAGUGUGUACAGUGCACCUUAUUUAGUGUAUGUUUUAGUGGGAGUGUUUUUUUAGAGUCUUGAUACUUAUAAGGUUGCUGCUAUUUUAUGUUUAUAUAUAAACCAUCCAUUCACUUAUUGUGCACUUUAUCAUUCUGUUGAUAUUUAGUACGAACCAUUCUUCCCUCCACCAUUACAAUAAAUCCUGUGCCAACAUCAGUCACACAACCCCAAAGCUUAAUUGAUCAGCCCCCAUGCUUAGUAUUGGGAAAGAUAUUUGUUUCUUCAAAUACCUCUCAGUUUUCUGGAAACAUACAUCUGAUUGUAGCCAAAGAGAUCAAUUACACAUCAAACCACAGCUGGCUUAUCUACGUGAUGUGUUACAUACUUUGGACUUUGAGUUUUGUAAUGAGAUCUAAAGGAAGCUUUCGAUUCCAUGCAAAUAAUUUCUCUUUACAAUGAUCCGGUAUAUAACUACUCAACAUAAGAUAAAUCGUCCUGUGGGGUCUUUUGUAGUGAUAUGGGGGUUUUAUUUCACUUUAUGAGCAUGUCUAUUCUUCUUGGUACUCUAGACUUGAAUUGAAUUAAGAAAAUUGGAUCUGCAAGCGGGAUAUAUGUAUUAUAUAACCUUUCCCUGUUUUGUAUGAGUCGAUUGAAGCCGGAUUACCGAUGAGGGGGCUGCCUAGGAUCAUGAGCUCUGGCUUUCCCUAUGAGGAGGCCCUCCCUGAGUAGGCACUUGGCAGGGAGCUCAAAAGAUUUCCUAGCUCGACCUUGUGUCUCCUCACUACCUUGAGGGAGAGUUGUGAUCUGCACCUCUAUGAGGUACCGGUCACUUAAAGAUCUCCUUCGCAGUGCUGGUACCUCUCAAUGAGUCAAAACAGCCCAGCCAGUAAGGUAAGAUUUGUGGGGAAGCUUCUCUACUUACAUUCACCUAUUGCUCUAGAGGAGGGUCCCAAUCUGGCAUGCCACCAUGGGCCCUGGGCAAUCUUUAUCUGGCUCUGGAGUCAAUUAUCUUUAUAUUCUGGCCCUCAGCCAGCUGCUUAGAGGAACCCAUGUCAGUAAGCACAACAGAAAGAGUCAGAUAGUUAAAUAGGAUCUAGAGCUGUUACCGCUAGAUUAUGAUCAAUGCCUAAUAAGUCAAGCUAAUUAGACAAUUAAGGUUCUGAGAACUUACAAAGAAAUUACUAAUGGAUCAAUUGAAAAAGGUGUCCAAACAUAUGCCACAUUUAUGGUUUUCUUAAUUUGAUUCUAUCAGAUAAAUUCAGCAAAUAAAUAAUAACUAGAAUUCAAAUUUGCAGAAAUAUGUUGAGGUUAUGUUAAUUUAUUUUGCAUAGAACUGUACAUUUGCUAGACAUUUGGCUAUGCAUAGAUCAAGUCUGGAACACUUGAAAACAUGAUUCUGUCCUGAAUGUCAUGAGGAUGUUGCAUUAAUUGCAAUUACCUCCCAGGAUGAAGACCAACAGAGAACAGAGAAACAAUUUUAAUGCUGGCUUAAAGAUGGACCAGGUGAUCGAUUUUGUCUGUUAACCUCUUACCCCUGUAACUAUUUUGAGGAUGGAUGCAUAACCAGACAGGCAGAAGGAUAAAUGAGUGGAUGGAUGGUAUUACAUCCUACACCUUCUCUAAAUUCUAACUGGUUAACGAUGAAUACGCUAUACAUCAAUAUAUUCAUAGUGGCGUUUUAUAUAGUAUAAGAUUAAUAAUCAAACUCAUAUUUACGAUCUUACAAUUUAUACAAAGGGAAAUGCCAUCUGUACCAGCAGUGUCCCACGUGUGAAAUCACAACGUACCUUAUUGAUCCUGAAUGUCUUUUUUAUAUAAAGUAAACACUUUGCGUCAAUAAAAAAAACUCAUUAAACACGAGGCAGUAUAACUGAAUGGAAAAAAAAUCUGUCUAACAUUUACUUAACCUUAUUAAACGUGCGUCCACUCACAAAGCAAAAUUAGCUGGAUUACCCCCCCCAUAUGUUGCACUGAUUCAAAUCCUUUUUAUUCUCUACUCUCCAAACAUGAUGAGAACUUGGUUGAGUGAGCAAGGCUUCAGAAACAGACUUUGAACUUGCUCUAGGCAUACAAAGUACUGCUAGUUAAUAUAUAUAUAUAUAAAUAUAUAUAUAUAUAUAUACACACAUAUAUACACACAUAUAUAUAUAUAUAUUGAAAUAAAGAUGCACUCUGCGGUCUUUGAAAAAUGAAAUGGUAUUUUAAUUCAUCAAAUAGUUUACAUCCAUCAAUGAUCAGAGGGAUGUAAACUAUUUGAUGAAUUAAAAUACCAUUUCAUUUUUCAAAGACCGCAGAGUACAUCUCUAUUUCAAUAUACUCUAUAUCAGGCUUCCCCAAACUCCGGCCCUCCAGAUGUUGCUCAGUUACAACUCCCAUGAUUCUUAGCCUAUCUAUUUCAUUCAUAGAAUCAUGGGAGUUGUAGUUCAGCAACAUCUGGAGGGCCGGAGUUUGGGGAAGCCUGGUCUAUAUACUUCCAGCGUGGGAUUGCACCAAGGCACCUAUUCUAACAUUAGACUGACUGAAAGGGUGAGUGCCAUUAUACCUGUAUAUAUAUAUAUAUAAUGUUUCCAAUUAUAUUAAUGUUUAAAUAUUUAUUAAAUUUACAUAUUUUAAUUUGUGUACUCAUACCUUCAUACCCUGGUUAUAUAUAAGGUCCCAAAGUAUUAUGUGAUAUUUUGAAAAAUAAUGAUGGAGGGUGACAUUUAAAGAGAAUAGGAAGUCAUUAGUCAAAAAUGCAACUCCCAUGAUGCUUUGCAAUUAUGUAUUCCUACUACAGCUGAUGGGAUAGAAUAGUCCACAAAAUUUUUGAGUCUACAGUAUUUUGAGAGCUAAUUCUGAACUGUAGAUAUAAAUGUGCAUCAAGCUCUGAAAAUCUAUGAAUAGGCCUCAAGGUAGCAACAGUAAAUAUAAACAUAAUGUUUAAUAAUUACAUAAAACGAAUAGCAUGCGCCAUCAACAACAACAUAUACUAUGAAAACACACAUAUAAUCAUCGUACAAAAUAUAGCAUUGAGGAUAUAGAAAUGACUUGACCAUUGUCUAGAAAUGUGCUCAGUCACAGACAAACAUUUGUGAGAAAUUUUUUAAAGAAGCUUCAUAGGGCAAAUCUAUUAUUUUAUGAGACUCUCUUUCUUUUUUGUCCCCUAUGUUUAUUUGACACUGAGGAAAUUUCUGCGCAAGACAUCAAGUCAUUUUUGUAUCAUCACCGUUAUAAUUUGUAUCAUUAUUCUAAGGGUAUAUUGCUAUUGGUACACCCUUAAAAUGCUACAGCACAUCUGUAUAGGGUUUUAUUUUUUCUUCUUAUUAUUAUUAUUAUUGCCAUUUAUAUAACAGAUUCCGUAGCGCUUUACAAUAUUUAACAGGAGUACCCCUACAGAAAAACAAUUUUUUUGUAUAAUAUUCCUUUGAUCAAUUUUUUCAUUUUUCUUUUUUUAAAUGAAGAAUAUGUAAAAAACUCAUACCUACUUUAGUAUAUGACACGAUCCUUCCGCCAUAUACAUACACCUUGGGUCAGACGGGGUUUGAAAACCAACUCUAUUGUCUCCCCUGCUUCACUCCCUGCACAGACAUAGGAAAGACCUUAGAGACUGUCUGUUGGUUUUCAAACACUGACACGAGGUGUAUGUAUAUGGCUGAAGGAUCCUGUCAUAUACUGAAGGUAGAGAAAGGCCUUUCUCAUUAUUUUUUUUUUUACUAAUACUUCAUUAAAAAAAACUUGAUGAAAGGAUUUUCAUGUAAAAAAUAGUUUUGAGGGGACAGUUGUCCUUUAAUCUCUCAUGUCUCCAGGCUUCCGUUCCACUCUGAUCUGUCUGAAAGUCUUAGAGUCAAAGUGUUCACUGAAAUAAAGUUUGCGCCAUUUUUCUCAAUGGGAGCCCACUAAUAGAGCCAUCCCUCCAUUCUACUUCAUUGCAGAGAGAAUGAUCAAUGAAGUUUAAAUAGAAACAAAAUUGAUACUGCUAAAGCGUAAUGGGAGUGUCACCUUAAAGGGACACUAUAGCCACCCAGACCACUUCAGCUCAAUGAAGUGGUCUGGGUGCCAGGUCCCUCAGGUUUUAACCCUCCUCAUGUAAACAUAACAGUUUCAGAGAAACUGCUAUGUUUACAUUUGGGGUUAAUCCAUCUGUGACGCUGGAGGCGAAUUUAAGAAAUGCUUUCCUAUGGAAACUUUGAAUGCGCGCGCGGCACUUGCCACGCAUGCGCAUUCGGCUCCAGUGAUGUCGGAUGGGGGAGCUGACGUCGGCGGGGGAGGAGAGGUCACCAGCGCCGAAGGAGCCCAGCCUUGGAUUAAGGUAAGUGGCUGAAGGGGUUUUAACCCCUUCGGCGCCACGGGAGGGGGACCCUGAGGGUGGGGGCACCCUCAGGGCACUAUAGUGUCAGGAAAACCGCUUUGUUUUCCUGACACUCUAGUGAUCCUUUAAGUGAUUUUAUUGAACACUGGAAGUACUGUGAGUGCCCAAAUUGUUUGACUCUUAAUAGUGAGAUGGCAAAAGAUGACUCCAGGAACCAUAACCACUAAAGCAAACAGUAUAGGGAAUAAUGCUUAAAAUGCUAAUUUAAGUGUUACAAUACACACUAUGUUUCUGCAAUACAAUGGGUUAAUACAAUGGGUGACAUCAUUAUUAUUGCUAAAUAAUAGCAAUAUCAUAUGUUAUCGCUGACAGGCUCAAGAGGAGGUCCAUCAAUGUAAUGUGUUUACAUUGCUUAAUUAAUAUAAUUAAAAUCAUAAUUAACAGUACAAGUAAAAUCAGGGAAUGUAUUAUAAAGUUAGCAUAUGGCUUUUGUUUAUUAGAAAAACAGUAUCACUUAAUUGACUUUUUUUUCCAGCUAUUAGAACUGCACAGCAGCACUUCUCUAAGCCUUUUCUAAUUAUAAGCACGUUAGUUAAUCUGGUUUAUUAGUCAUGGGAUGUGAUUGUGUUUUUGUGGAAUCUUAAAGUGACACUAACAGACAAGAAUAUUGUAACUCCUGUAUUUAGAUGUAACCCUGGUACUUUGCUGUUGCCAAUGACUCAAGGGCACAUGAAUAAUCAGUUUAUGUUUCUAAUAAUUAGAAUUUAGUGCUAUUUACAGUAUUUAAACAAUUAAUAAUUCUGUAAAAAUACAUCAUUGGUAAUGUUAUUAUAUUUGUAGUUUUUAUAUUUUUAACUAACAAACAUUUUUAUUUGUUUGUUCACGCAGGCUCAUGCUAUGGUUUGGCACACAUACAACACAUACUUCCGUACAUCGCAAAAAGGCUACCUGUCGGUGACUUUGGGCUCUCACUGGCUAGAACCAGAGAAAGGAAAUAUUAGCCCUGCAACCAUUGAGAUGUGCCAGGAAUCCAUGGAAACUGUACUUGGACGUUUUGCAAAACCCAUUUACAGUGACGGAGAUUACCCUGACAUCCUGAAGAAUAAAUAUAGCUCUACAUUACCCAACUUUACUGAUGCAGAAAAGACUUACAUAAAGGGGACAUCAGAUUUCUUUGCAUUUUCCUUUGGCCCCAAUAAUUUUAAGCGCCUGUAUGAGGCUGCCAAAUUGGGCAAGGUUUUAAUUCAUUUGAGAGGUGUGCUAAAUUGGAUUAAAAUGGAAUAUGACAACCCCAGAAUUAUGAUCAUGGAAAAUGGCUGGUUCUCCAACAGCAACAUCAAAACGGAAGAUACCACCUCCAUAUACAUCAUGAAGAAGUUUGUCAAUGACAUCCUGCAAGGUAUCUGAAUUCCAUUCCAAAAAUUAAUGAACUAGUGACAGACAGGUGAACUAAGAUUUUUUAGUUGUACAGAUAGGUGAGUGGAUGGAUUGAUGGGUAGACUGAGUAUAAAUUAGUUCUGUGGCUCGUUUUUCCGCCAAAGCUCCUCCCUCGCCGACGUCAGACUGCAGGGAGACCUACUGCGCAUGCGCGGCCGUCGGCGGGAGAGACCUAAAGCGCAUGCGCGCCAAUGGCCACACACGCGCAUUAGACCUCUCCAUAGGAAAGCAUUGAAUAAUGCUUUCAAUGCUUUCCUAUGGGGAUUUCGGCGACGCUGGAGGUCCUCACAUAGCGUGAGGAUGUCCAGCAUCGUUUUAAACCGCAUCGUUUUGUGUUCUAUGAACACGGAAGUGUCCUCUAGUGGCUGUCUAGUAGGCAGCCACUAAAGGAGGACUUAACCCUGCAAUGUAAAUGUUGCAGUUUAUGAAAACUGCAGUAAUUACACUUGCAUGGUUAAGGGUAGUGGGAGUUGGCACCCAGACCACUCCAAUGGGCAGAAGUGGUCUGGGUGUCUGUAGUGUACCUUUAAGCUUUUUUCCCUCAGUUACAGCACCUCCAGAGUAACUGACCUGUUCAUCUGAGCCACAAGACAACUCUAUGUUCUGCACUGAUGUAAAAAAUCCAGAUUAUAUUUUUCUAUGUUUCUGUAUUACGUGGCUUUGUAGGACAAACAUUGAAUAUGAUUAUGCAUCGAACUACUGCGUUAAUAUCAUAUAAUUCAUGUAUAAAAGUAGUAUUACUCAGUUUGCAGAGCAAGCUCUCUAUUGCCGGUUUAUUGCAGUCAAUUUGCUGUAGCGCUAUCUAAACCUUAUAUAUAUAUUUAUUUUCUUGCAGCUAUUAAACAUGACGAGAUACAAGUGUUUGGUUAUACUGCCUGGUCUCUGUUUGAUGGCUUUGAAUGGCAAGAUGGAUACAAAAUAAGACGUGGAUUGUUUUACUUAGAUUUUAACUACAAGGAUACAAAAAUAAUACCUAAAUCGUCAGCAUUGUAUUAUAAGCAAAUCAUACAUGAUAAUGGUUUUCCUCAGACGGACACCACGCCUGCUGUAUAUGGACAGUUCCCGUGUGACUUCUCAUGGGGCGUAACAGAUUCUGUGCUUAAGGUAAGUACAUUCAUGAUGCAACAUAAAUGGAACAAAACAGGAUAGGACAAACGAUUUAUCUUAUUUAGCAUUUACAGUAGGGAUCAAAAUUAAAUUCUUCAGACAUUAAAAAAAAAAAAAAAAUGCUAUGCUCCUUAUAACGGGCGAUAUUUAGAGUUGAAUAACUAAUGUCAAGGCACAGCCUGUCCAAACGUUUACUAAGAGUCAAUAAGUUUUGCAAAUCUAUUAUUAGUCAUUCUAAAUGUUUUACCAAAUUAUUUCUGGCUAUACUUAAUCCCCAGUAUGGCCUAGCCACAACAGUCAUUUUAUUCAAUAGUGUCAGACACACAAGACUGCAUUCACCUGACCAAAGUAACUAGAAGCAAUCUCUAUGGAUAUAUAGAUAUUUGUUAAAGACCCCUUGAAUGCAGAGUACUAAUUAAACUACCAAUUUACCACAGCUUUAGUUACUUACCAGUAAAAAAAAUAAACAAACUUGAGGCCAUAACUAGUUUUCUUUAACUAAACUAGCCAAGUUAAAAUCAAUAUUUAGUGUUUGCUUUCUGUUUUUUAGCCCAGAGUGCACUAUUUGUAUAUACUAUUUACUCUAACCCUGUAUUUCUCUCCCAUUGUCAGAUGUUCAAUAAAGAUUAGUAAAGGCAUUAACCGUAGACAAACCUAAAAAAAUAAGACAUCUUUGUUCACUUGUGUUAGCCAAAUUAAAGGCGAUUUUUAAAAUUAUUUGUUCAGUUUGUACUUUGGCUUUGGGUACAUUUGAAGUAUAGAUUGCUUUUGAUGGCUUUCAUAUUUGAAACUCAAUCUUUAUUUUCCUUGUACAGAGGCCGAAAAGCGGUCUCUAGUUUGGAUUUUAUUGACCAAAUCAGGAAUUGCAGAAAAUUGCAAAUUUUAUCUCCUUAUAGUUAUAUCAAAAAUAUUUUCUAAUUUGGCUUUCCCCCCCUCAUUUUUAUUUUGCCAUACAAUUUACAUUUCCUUUGUUAAUUAUUCAGAAUGCAUCAUUUGGUUUUAUCAUGUUAAGCAUUUUUUUGGUAAAAAAAUGUAAUUCAAAACUUUAGUAAACUUUGGGCUAAAGUAAUGCCUUUGAAGUGUGUAUAUGUGGCUUUCUUGUAUGUAUUAACCUAAAUAUUCUCCUUCAUCUUGUUUAUCAAGUGAACCCAGAAAGUCAGAAAAAACACAAUUCUGGCAUGUAGAAACACAUUGUUAAUGUUUAAUAGCAUCUACUCACAGACAAUAGAGACAAAGAAAUAAAAAAAAUAUGUUAGAUGAGGAUUUGGAAAUGACAAGCAUUUAAAAUAUAUUGAUGAGCUGAGUACAAGAUUAACCAGUGUGAUUGUAUUUAAAUUACCUUUUUUUAGGGAUAGGUUCACAUAGUUACACAUUUGCCAUUCUAUUCUCAAACUGCAGUGAACAUAACAUCCCCAGGACAUGUUAAAGGAAAAUGCACAGAUUAGCUAUCAGCUCUCUACUAUGUCACUAAAUGUCCUUGAGGGAGAUCUUUCCUUUCUGUGUUAAUGGAUUUAUUAUUAAAAUCCCUGUGUAAUUAUUUUAUUCUUAGUGUUGCUGCAGCACAUGCUUCAAAAAGUCUUUUUAAUAUUACAGCGACAUUAACCCCUUAAAGGGACACUAUAGUCACCUGAACAACUUUAGCGUAAUGAAGCAGUUUUGGUGUAUAGAGCAUGCCCCUGCAGCCUCACUGCUCAAUUCUCUACCAUUUAGGAGUUAAAUCCCUUUGUUUAUGAACCCUAGUCACACCUCCCUGCAUGUGACUUGCACAGCCUUCCAUAUAAACACUUCCUGUAAAGAGAGACCCGUUUAGGCUUUCUUUAUUGCAAGUUCUGUUUAAUUAAGAUUUUCUUAUCCCCUGCUGUUACUAUCUUGCUAGACCCUGCAAGAGCCUCCUGUAUGUGAUUAAAGUUCAAUUUAGAGAUUGAGAUACAAUUAUUUAAGGUAAAUUACAUCUGUUUGAAAGUGAAACCAGUUUUUUUUUUCAUGCAGGCUCUGUCAAUCAUAGCCAGGGGAGGUGUGGCUAGGGCUGCAUAAACAGAAACAAAGUGAUUUAACUCCUAAAUGACAGUGAAUUGAGCAGUGAAAUUGCAGGGGAAUGAUCUAUACACUAAAACUGCUUUAUUUAGCUAAAGUAAUUUAGGUGACUAUAGUGUUCCUUUAAGGACACAUGCCAUGUGUUACAUGUCAUGAUUCCCUUUAAUUCCAGAAGUUUGGUCCUUAAGGGGUUAAAGCUAUUUUUUGCAUAUAUUUUCUUCUUUGAAGAAACCAUAUGGUGAGGGGGUAGGUAGGGCAGCUUAUGUAUUUGGAGAGUAGCUAUGUGCUUACGGAUUCAUAGCCACUGAGUGGGGGUGGGAUAUCCCUUAUUGUAAUAUUAGGGUCAUAUUGACCCCCCUGAGGCUUGUUUUUUUAAUAUCACUUUUUUAAUGCAGCAGCUGCCGAGAAAAUGCUGGCCAACAUCACAUGAUUUUUAUUUAACUAUAUGACUCCUGGUUGUCAGUGCUGUUAGUGUGCAUAUAGUUCAGAUUUCUAAAAUUCAGACCUGGAUUUGAAGCAUCCAGAUGCUUUCACAAUCCUGGUCCGGAUUUCAGUUGUCUGGCAGCUUGGCAAAAAUCUGGACCAGGUUCAGGCUUAUUUGAAAUGAGCAUUGCAAAAUCCAGACAUUGUAAAAUAGUGUGAACAGUGUCCAGAUUGUGCAGUCUCUGAAUGGCCCUGUAAAGCACUAGAUAUAUUCAAUAGGGAGCCACUUGGGCUUUAGUAAAUAACCCUGUAAGUCUAAGCUCAUUACAUUGUCUUAAGAUUUCAUUUGAAAUCUUUGGGAAAAUAAAAUCUUUCCUUUGGUCAUCUUUCAUUCCUGCAGAAUUUCUGCCUGGUACCUUGUUGAUCAGGAGUUGGAAUUCAGAAGAACUUAUACACAAUUUUUUUAAAGUUUGAAACCUCAUGACAAUUACAGUCUGCUGAGGCACCCUGGUACCAUAACCUGCCAAAGUGUUUUACAUCAACGAUUACUUGUGCUGCCUCUGGUCUUGAAUUGUAGAAGCUGGAUGUCAGUUUUGUGCAAGAUAGGAACCCAUUCAUUGGAUAAGAAUGCUUAUCUGAUACUUCCAACCAACGAAUGGGUUCCUGACUUGCACCAUAUUGACACCCAGCUUCCGAAGCUCAAGGUGACCAGAAAAAGUGUGUGGUUGCCCAGUGAGGACCCAAGUAAUCUUGAAACUGUGCUAAAAUGGUUUGUGUACUGGUGCCAUAACUUCUGCAGCAGGAUGCAGUAAUUAUGGUGCUCGGAGUGUUUCUUUAAAUAAAUAUAGCAAUGCAAUAACAACUUUUCAGUCAUUUGACAAAAGUCAAUCUACUGACAAAAAAAGUCGUUUUAAAAUGGAUAGACAGGGUACAGCAGUAUAUCCUAUACUGCACGUUUAAUGGAACAUAGGUUUAUGGGGUGGUGUAAGGUUAGGGGACUUAGCCUGCCUAAGAACCAUGAGAGUUACAAUCCACAGGAUCUUAACGUCAGGUUUUCCCUAACCUUAGGUCAGAUAACUAGUAAAGAUUGAUCUGUAGAUGCAGGUGGGUUGGGGUGGGAUCCCCCACAGUUUCUGUUGCUAAAAGAAAAAAAAGUAAAAUCUAUAUGCAUUUUAAGGAAUACUGAUAAGUCUUGACUAUGUCUGCAGUUUCCAUUCUUCCCUUUACGGAUGAUUUGAAAUGAGCGUAGCAUUUCUUAGGGUUUAAUGACUAGAGCUCAGUGGGUUGGGGAGGGGGUGAGCAGUGCCCCAUCAUCUUUUGGUUUCACCAGCUUCCGCUGCCUCUCAAUAAGAUUGUUCUGACCUACCAUCUUCCUUCGCCAAGUAGUAAUGUGAGUUAAAGGUCAUCAAUGUGCUUGCUCAACUCUUGCCUGAGAGCAUUGUAGCAUUAUGUUUUACUUUAGCUAACUGUAUAGCAUGAUAAAUAAAUACUUAUAAAGGGUUUUAAAAAUUGUUUGUUUCCACAGCCGGAGCUAAUCCCAUCAUCGCCACAAUUUAUCGACCGCCGUUUGUACGUGUGGAAUGUCACCGGAGAUGGGAUUCUACAUGCUGUGAAAGGAGUUGUACUUAAGACUCGUCCUGCCCAAUGUACCGAUUUUAUCACUAUCAAGAAACAGCUGUCCCUACUGACAAGGAUGAAAGUCACUGACUACAGAUUCGCACUCAAUUGGUCCUUGAUUCUACCAAAAGGAGACCUAUCUGUUAUUAACCGGGAAGUUCUGCGGUAUUAUCGAUGCAUGGUAGAGGAGGCAGAUCUUCAUGGAAUAAAGACCAUGAUAACCCUUUACUAUCCAACUCACGGGUCUUUAAGCCUUCCAGGGCCAUUGGUAGAAAAUGGGGGUUGGCUAAACAGAACUAUCACUCGGGCUUUCAGUGAAUAUGCAAGUUUGUGUUUUGAUGAACUGGGUGACUUGGUAAAGCAUUGGGUCACCAUUAAUGAACCCAACAGGCUGAGCCAGUAUUAUAAUAACAGCAGUAAUAUUACUUAUCAAUCAGUCCAUAACGUCCUGAUAGCUCAUUCAAUGGCAUGGCGGUUGUAUGACCAGAAAUAUAGGCCAACUCAGCAUGGCCUGGUCUCCUUGGCUCUACAUACAGACUGGGCUGAACCUGCUAACCCUUUUCUAAGGUCUCAUGCUGAAGCAGCGGAGAGAUUCUUACAGUUUGAUAUUGCUUGGCUUGCUGAGCCAAUUUUCGGUUCCGGUGAUUAUCCAGUCCGUAUGAGGCAGUACAUUCUAGCCAAGAAUAAAAAAGGUCUCUCCAACUCCUAUUUGCCCCAUUUCACAGAAGAAGAGAAAAGACUUGUUAGAGGAUCAGCUGAUUUCUUUGCCCUGAACCAUUUCACCACCAGGCUCGUUAUUCAUGAGCCAAAGAAUGGGAGUAGACAUGAUUUUGAUCGAGAUAUUCACUUCCUCGCUGAUGCCACAUCUCUCAGUUCAGCAAGUGGCUUGACAGUUGUUCCUUCCGGAGUACGGAAACUCUUAAACUGGGUGAAGCUAGAGUACGGAAACAUUCCGAUUUAUAUAACAGCAAAUGGAAUUGAUGACAAAUCUUCCAGCAAUGAUGACCUGAGAAUAUAUUAUUUACAGCGAUACACUAGACAAAUAUUACUAGGUAAGUGAUGAUAAGUGUACAAUAACAAUACAACUUUAUCUAAAACUAAGGAAUAUCUGAUUGCCGGUUUGUCCCAUGAUGAUUUUGGAAUUUGUAACCUAUUUCUAUAUUAACACUAAACUGCGUUUAUAUAAAAGAAAUCAUGGGCUUAUAUAGUGGUUUAUUUGGGAAACAAGGUCACAGAUACACAUGCCACAUUUUGGCCCAUUGACCUGAAAUCAGGCAGGCAAUUGGGCCGAAACAGAACAUAUACAUAUCCCUCCCCUCUCCCCUUCACCACUCUCUCCCAGCCCUCUAUGAUUGGACAACGCAAGUCCCUUGAUGAUUUCAGAGGGGAGUGGAGAUCAACACGGGGAGCUGAGGUAAGUUUUAAAGCGUUUUUAAGUUUCUAAAGGGAAGAUGGGGUACCCAGUUAGGAAUACCCUAAAUACUUGUCAAUUUAAAAAAAGAUACAUUUUAAAAAGGUUACAGUAACUUUUUAAAGUUCGUUUUUUAAAGUAAUUUGUAUAUAUGAACUUUAAAGGGCUACGGUAACUUUUUUUUAAAUGUAUCUUUUUUAAUUGACAAGCAGGGCAUUCCUACCUAGGUACCCCCUCUUACAAAUCAGAUUAAAAUAGAAAAUAAAAUCUCUAUCUAUGGGUUCAUAUAGUGCAUACGGACAGCCAAGUAAAUAAAUAGAGAUAUUGGAUAAAUCAAUAAUGAUCAGUGACAAUAAAUUACUUAAAAGAAAACUGUAGGCACUUUCAACAACUUAAUCUUAUUGAAGUGUUAUAGUGACCGAAGUACUGCCUGUCACACCCUCUAAACCUCUUUAUUCCACUAAUUAGAAGACUUGGAAGCAUGGCUUCAAGCUAUACCUUAAAGCCUUCUGGGUAUUAGAGCUCAUGGUCUGCCUUAGAGAAUCCUAGGAAGCCAUGAACUUAAUAAUUAGAUCAGUACUGUAGCGUUAGGAAUACAGAUAUAUAUUCCUGACGCUACAGUGUUCCUUUAAAAUGUAUCUAUAUGCUGAAUAAUUGUCACAAGGGCUUGGCUGAUAGAGCUCGGGUUUAGAAUUUGCACUCUCUGGUACGGGCAUAUUUCCAAUAUCCGCAUUUCUUAAAAGCAUCAUUCCUGCACAAACAUUUGUUAUCAGUUUGGCAGCUCACACUGCUAUAAUACAGAGUCCAGAGCUGGUUGACUAGCCUGUGACAACGUGUACCAGAAUGUUGAUUUGAAAUAUCUGUCACUGUAUGUACAUUGUGCAUUUACUACAUUGUGCAGGUACUAGACACAAAAUACACACAGAUUGUUCUAUCAAAUUUCCCUACCUGUGGAGGGUAGGGGGGUUUCACUAGGUAGGGGAUUUUAAUGGAACACCGGCUUCACUGCUCUUCAUGCCCAGGAAUUGUGGUGGCAAUUUGCAGAAAGUGUAGCUGUUCUUUGUGACAGUACAGCUUAUAAUAAAGCAUAUGUGCCCUCCAUGGUGUGAAUGGCCGCUUAUAAACAUGGUUAUCUUCUUUACUGUGAUUGAUUUAAAUACAUUGCUGGGAGUAUUGUGGCUGUGUAGCUCUGUUAUACACACAGACACACCAACAAUAUAGAGCUCAUAGAAAAGAGGGAUAUAAGGAUAGAAAAGAGGGAGAGGGAUUUGGGUCCAAAACAGGGACUGACACUCCUAAAUAGGGACACUUGGGAGGUAUGAGUGAGUGUAUGUUGAGAGAGGAGGCAAGAAAAACGUAUAUGCAGCUAUACACAUUUACCCUGCUUCUCUGAUAGACACCAGGGAUUACAGCUCCCUGAGGAAGACUUGUUUUCUGCACAUCCCGCUGAGAAAGAUCUUGUUUAUAUGUCUGUUUGUGAGAAUGUCUGUGGAUGCCAGAGGGUUUGUAUGUAUGUCUGUGAGAUGUCUGUAGAAGUGAGAGGGCCAUUUAGUGUUUGUUAGAUGGACUGCAGUUGUGUCUGUCAGCCUAUCAGCAUGUAUAAGGUCAGCAAUAGUGUCUCUAAUAACUGUAUGUGAUUGUCUGUCCAGUAGGAAGUAAUGGAGGAUCCAAGAAGUGUUUCUAAUCUAGGAGAAAUCCCACACACUGGGACAUUCCAUAACAUAUACACUGACCUACUUUCUAUUUCAAUGAUAGUCUGUCUGUAUCUGACAGAUAAACUAAUAUAGGUACAUACAGAAUGUAUCCGACAGAUAUACUAAUAUAGGUACAUACAGAAUGCUAUCUGACAGAUAUACUAAUAUAGGUACAUACAGAUUGGUAUCCGACAGAUAUACUAAUAUAGGUACAUACAGAUUGGUAUCCGACAGAUAUACUAAUAUAGGUACAUACAGAAUGUAUCCGACAGAUAUACUAAUAUAGGUACAUACAGAAUGCUAUCUGACAGAUAUACUAAUAUAGGUACAUACAGAAUGCUAUCCGACAGAUAUACUAAUAUAGGUACAUACAGAUUGGUAUCUGACAGAUAAACUAAUAUAGGUACAUACAGAUUGGUAUCUGACAGAUAUACUAAUAAAGGUACAUACAGAUUGGUAUCUGACAGAUAUACUAAUAAAGGUACAUACAGAUUGGUAUCUGACAGAUAUACUAAUAAAGGUACAUACAGAUUGGUAUCCGACAGAUAUACUAAUAUAGGUACAUACAGAUUGGUAUCCGACAGAUAUACUAAUAUAGGUACAUACAGAUUGGUAUCCGACAGAUAUACUAAUAUAGGUACAUACAGAAUACUAUCCGACAGAUAUACUAAUAUAGGUACAUACAGAAUGUAUCCGACAGAUAUACUAAUAUAGGUACAUACAGAUUGGUAUCUGACAGAUAAACUAAUAUAGGUACAUACAGAUUGGUAUCCGACAGAUAUACUAAUAUAGGUACAUACAGAUUGGUAUCUGACAGAUAAACUAAUAUAGGUACAUACAGAUUGGUAUCUGACAGAUAUACUAAUAAAGGUACAUACAGAUUGGUAUCUGACAGAUAUACUAAUAAAGGUACAUACAGAUUGGUAUCUGACAGAUAUACUAAUAAAGGUACAUACAGAUUGGUAUCCGACAGAUAUACUAAUAUAGGUACAUACAGAUUGGUAUCCGACAGAUAUACUAAUAUAGGUACAUACAGAUUGGUAUCCGACAGAUAUACUAAUAUAGGUACAUACAGAAUGCUAUCCGACAGAUAUACUAAUAUAGGUACAUACAGAAUGUAUCCGACAGAUAUACUAAUAUAGGUACAUACAGAUUGGUAUCUGACAGAUAAACUAAUAUAGGUACAUACAGAUUGGUAUCCGACAGAUAUACUAAUAUAGGUACAUACAGAUUGGUAUCCGACAGAUAUACUAAUAUAGGUACAUACAGAUUGGUAUCCGACAGAUAUACUAAUAUAGGUACAUACAGAAUGCUAUCCGACAGAUAUACUAAUAUAGGUACAUACAGAUUGGUAUCCAACAGGUGUGCACAUAUAGGUACAUACAGAUUGGUAUGCAACUAUGCAUGCAGUUCAAGUGUAGAUAAAAGCAAACAAUGUCUAAACGAAAAGGUCAUAAACUAAACUGGACCAGGGUCAGAAGCCAAAGAAAUGUAAAUGGAGUGCCCAAAAAAAUGAAGCAACCUAUGUGGUGGACAACAUUAUUUAGUAAUUGGUGUUAAAUGUUAAAUUUAAGGUACAAAUAGAUAAAAUGGAACAGCACAUCCUGCUAGGGUAUUUUUCCAGGUCCGGGAUUUCCUUAGUCCUGUAGAGUUUUGUUCUGAUAUUUACCCAGCCAUCAUCAGUCCUCGUACACAGCUUUGAGGCUCCAUAUUAUUAUAUAAGCAUGUAUUUCUUUUCCUGCAGGUAUUAAGCUAUAUGAAAAGUGAUUCUCUAAAUAUGAAACUAUAUUAUAAGGAACACUCCAUGCACCAUAGCCACUGCAGGAUUUGUAAGGGGGCCAUAAAACUUUUGUAUUCACCCCGGUCUCUAUUAAUAAAUUCAUACAAUAUAAUAAUAUUCAUUAGAUAAUUCAUUGAUCUAACUUGCAUACUAUGGUUUUUCUUUUAACACAGAUUAGUUCUGUAAUUCGAUAUAUCUCACAAUUUCUCUCUAUUUUUCUUUCCUAGCCCAUCAACAGGAUAAAAUCAAUGUACGAGGAUACUAUGCAUUUAAGCUGACCGAUAAAACAAAGCCACAAUAUGGAUUCUAUAACUCUGCCAUGUACAACUUGAAAGCCAAGUCUUCAGUGGAUGUGUUCAGCGCCAUGGUGGAAGCAAAUGGUUUUCCAUUGGAUCGGUCGGAUAACCAAUGCAGAAUCAGCAAUGAAGAAAGCCAAUGUCAUUUGUGUAGGUUCAUAGAACAGAAGAAGCCAUUAGUAUUUUUCAGUUUUUGCCUUUUUUUCACUUCGGUUCUGUUACUUACUGUCACCCUUAUUCGUAAAUACAAAAGAAAACGCAGAAAACUGAGACCAGUGAAGAAUGAACAGACUGUUUGUUUCCUGUUUAAAAGGGACAGCUUCAGUCAUUGUUGACCAGGAACAACAAGAACUUUCAUUCAUGUGAAUUCACUCCAUUUUAUUCUCAAAAAUGUCACGGACCGAUGAACUCCUCAAACAUAAUCCCCAUUUAAAAAGAAAGGAAAAAAUAUAUAUAUUGUGGGUAGGUAGCCCCUAGGCAGGGAAGAGGAAAUUGGACAAAGUUAAUAUUAUAUCCACUUGCCUCCCACAACCAUUAACAAAUAUUGCUUUCUAGGCAACCAUGAGUGUACCGAGAGGUCCUGCAUCUUCUCCAGCUAAGGACAUUUCUGUGCAAGUUUACAAGAACUAUACCACUUGUGAAUGGACAUAUAACCACACAAUCCAAACAUAGCCAUCAUUUU